AUGGCGACUGUUACCAUCGCAAGGCCCUAUUUCGACGCUUUACUUCGCAGAGGAGAAUCUCUUACCAGUGGCGCACGCCAGAGUUGUGCCCCUGGUCACGAGGUGACCAUAUCCCAGGCUGAGUAUGCACAAUUGACAAGACAAUCCAGAGAGUACGCCUGCCUUCGCAAUGCCCUGUUGCGAGGCGGACUUAACGAAAGCACCCUCAACCUCCUCGUCUCCAAUGCGGUUGCACAAAGAAACCUUUCCACAACAACACUCACAGGCUCAUCAUGGAACCUCUCGACCUUCUUGCGACCAGUUUCAAGCUCGAUCGGCAUUGAUCAGCCAGCAGAGCAGCCAGAAUCCGAUCUGUUGGAGGACCAAGCCAACGUGUUCCCGUCGCAUAAUAUCGACCAGUUCAGUCGUUCGUACACUGCCGGAGCCUUGGAAGGCGCCGUUUCAUACAUAGAAAAAGAUGACGGUUACGGUGUAGACAAUAGUGAGGUGAUUCUAGGAAGCAUCGACAUGAGUAAAUCGAUAGUCUUGCCAGUCCAGGAACACCGCACACUCUUUUUUAGCAACCUUCCCGAAAGAACGACGUAUGCCGAGCUAAUCGCGCUGCUUAAAGGUGGUCGCCUGCUCGAGAUUCAUGUGCGGGAUGCCCGCAGGGCAACCGUCUCGUUUGUCGAAGGUGCGGCAAACUUCUUGGCUUACGCGAAGAAGACAGACAUCUACCUGAGAACGAAGAGGCUUGACGUCAAAUGGCACGAACGGCAAUUCCGCCUUUCUCUAUAUGUAGCUAACAAGAUCGCUGUGGGCGCGACCCGCAACAUCGUGAUUCGUAACGGGGCAUCGAGGGAGCUAACCGAAAAGAAGGUAAGAGAGGAUCUAGAGCACAUACACAAUCUUGUUGUCAUCUCUGUAAGGAUUGAGAGUGAAAGUGGCGAUGUGUACGUAUCCACAAACUCGAUCCAGAACGCAUUGUUUGCACGCACGUGUAUGAUGUCCCGGUCGCUGUACAAAGGCCUGAAGAUCGAAUGGUAUCAUGACCAGUGUGCUGUGCCAGUUCCGAACCCGCCCCCGCGCCUGUAUACGGCUCCUCCAAGCGGGAAGCAGGUUGCUGUGAAGAAUGCUGGAAAAAUUCAGGCGCCGAGCAACAUAUACGCUUUGCUUGCUGAGCUCGAAGCCGCCGAGGAUGAGGAGGAGGAGCGAGAGUCGGAAGACGCAAAUCAUGUUGAAGAAUUACCGAGCCUAUUCCGAUAA